GUGGCAUUUGAUUUUGUUGACAUGGGCAAAAGAAAGUUUUCGCCACAAUGGUAUUGAACAGUUAACGGGCCAAGGUCCGAUGAGUGGCCAGCGCAAUGAAUUUUCGCGCCUGCUUAGCCAUUGCCAGCGUCUUUGUGGGAUGUUGUUGCGGUGUUGUGUUUCUGGAGCUGCUCGUUAAAUUGGAUCCGGGUGCGGGCAAUUUGAUUACCGCUGCGCAAUUUGCAUUUAUUGCCCUUGAGGGUUUUGUAUUCACGGCCAAAUUUGGGAUGGCGAAGCGUGUGAUAAGUCUGCAAGAUUAUGCGCUGCUUGUGGCAAUGUUCUUUGUGACGAGCGUAUGCAACAACUACGUGUUCCACUUGAAUGUGCCGAUGACGUUGCACAUGAUAAUCCGUGGUGGCAGCCUUAUAUCAAAUAUGUGCCUGGGCACAAUAAUACUCAAACGACAGUAUCGAUUGAAACAGUAUAUAUCCGUCUGCAUGAUUACAAUGGGCAUCUUCAUCUGCACUUAUUUCUCUAGCCGGGAUGUGGAAAAUGUAGUUGACGUCGCCAACACGGACGCGACUAGCAAUAUAUUCUGGUGGUCAGUGGGCGUGGUGCUGCUUGUACUCGCAUUGUUCAUCUCCUCGUACAUGGGCAUUACCCAGGAACUGUUGUACCGUCGACACGGGAAAUAUGCCCGUGAAGCACUUUAUUACACCCACCUGUUGCCGCUGCCCGCCUUCCUCUUAAUGUAUGACAACAUCAAAACGCAUUGGACUUUGGCAUUGGCAAGCGAACCGGUCAGAUUGGGUUGGCUGGGAGAUGUAGCUGUGCCGCUGCUGCUGCUUUAUUUGCUCGGCAACCUUCUGAUGCAGCACUUGUGCAUUAGCUCCGUUUAUUUUCUGACUACCGAGUGCAGUUCGUUGACUGUUACUUUGAUUUUGACAUUACGUAAAUUCAUCUCGUUGGUAUUCUCGAUUGUAUACUUUCGUAAUCCGUUUACGCUUUACCACUGGCUGGGCACAGCGUUCGUCUUUGUGGGCACAUUGCUGUUCGCCAAUGUCAGUCUCAGUCUUCCAUCGUCGAAAAGAAAUGCUGUGAAAAAUGAUUAAACAUUCCAAUUGC